AUGAACGUCACUUCCACUUUUCUUUCGUUUUUCUAUAUCAUCAGCAGCAGCGCUGUGGCUGAACCUGAUCAUAUUUAUUCGCUAGCGAAGCCCGAAAGUUGUAGGCUAUCCGAUUCAGAGUACAUGAUGUCUGGGUUUAGCUGGACUACUGUUGACUGUCGACAGUGCAUAUGUCAAAAGGGCGAAAUUACUUGUUCGGAGAAGCGGUGUGAACCAGGCGACUGUUACCACAACAGUUCCAAUCCCCAAAAAACAGUCAUUUGCCCAAAUGAUCAGCACUGUGUAAUUGCGACGGAGGAUGAAUGCCUGAAAGCGGAGUGCAAUUAUCCACGCGGCCGCUGCAUGUCAUGGACACAUGUGAAUAGCGGAAUGGCGAGGCGCAUUUGUCGCGAACGCUUGGAUGCUGGACUAGUAAGCACACAAGGCUGUAGUCGGAUGCACCUCGAAUUUGAUAUGAGCAGCUUACCCAAAGUAACUUUCAAAGCAUGCAUUUUUUGCUGCGCCCACGGAAUACAGUUGCUUUGUCAUUUGAAUUAUGUUUAUCUUCUGCUUGAUCUGACAUGCCUAACAUCAAAAAAAAAAACGAGGGAAAUACCUUAA